AUGAGCGAUAGCCAAGAGAAUGAGCUUCUGUCUAUGUGUCUAGUGAAAGAUGGCAAGAAACUGCUCACCGGGGAUCAGAACGGUGUCGUGGGGAUCUGGAACUAUGAUUACUGGGGUGAUGUUAGGGAUAGGAUUACGCACAUGCAGAAUGUCACAUCCUUGGACAACAUGAUUGCCGUUGACGACUCAACCGUCGUGUGUGGAGGUGGCGACGGAUACGUUCGAGUGUUCUGCGUUUUCCCUAAUGCUGUGAAAGGCGUUCUAGGUGGUCACACAGAUGUCUCGACAGGGAAGCCAGUGGCUGCAGAGAUAGAGAGUAUGCAUGCUGAUUUGGAUGAGGGAAUUGUGGCGACGGUAGGACAGGAUUAUCACAUCAAAUUCUGGAGAGUGGGAGAUGCGCUCAAGAUGGCUGCUGGUGAGACGAAGGAUUCUGAUGCAGAGUCGGAGGACGAGGAGGCUGCUAGCAAGCUGACGAGAGCGAAACGACAGAAAAUGAAGAGGAAAGCGGCACAGAUUGGGAAGCAGAAAAACACCGCUAGUGUGAACGCGAAGAAAGCGAAUACCAAGGCUUUCUUCCGGGAUAUUGACGAUCUGUAG